CUCUUGAAUUCAAGAACAUAGCAAGUGGGAAUUUAAUGGGAUUUGCAGCUUCUGACGCUGCUACUCCCUUUGAUUCCGAUUCACAUCAAUUCAAUUCUCUGCUGUUCUUGUUCUUAUUACCUCUUCAAGAAAAGCUACCCUGAUGCUGACAUUAUACUAUUUGUAUCAGUUUCUUGUACCCAAAUCAACUUUCUUUACAGUUGCGUCUAUACUAAUCGGUUCCUAGUGUUUGUUCAUCUGGGUUUCUUUUAAUUUUGAACUUUUUGUAACUGGGUGAGAAUUUUACAGAAAGUUAAAAUCUUUUUGGUAUUCGAUUUUGCUGUAAUCGACUUAAAGAUCCCAAAAAUGCACGGUUACAGUCGCUUAGGACGGCCAAGUACCAGAAGUGGGAGCAUCUCGCCGUCUCCUUCACCGCCUUCCUCCCCUCGAUUUCGUCAGACCCGUAGCAAAGGCGGCGGCGGAGGUGGUUUCCGGGGCGGGGGCGGCGGUGGAGUAGAGGUGAAGCUGCAGAGUUUUGUGGAGCGGUGGGUUUAUGUUGUGAUAUCGGCGGUCUAUAGGCGGCGAGGGGUUUUAUUAUUUGCUCCCCUGCUUUAUAUCUCUGUAAUGUUAUUGUAUAUGGGUACAAUGGGUUUUGAUGUUGGUAUUAUGAGUAAAAAUAGCGGUACUACUUCUAAAACAGCUCCUUUAGGUUCUUUGUAUCGAAGUCCUCAGGUUUUCCAACACUUGUGGCCGUUUAUGGAAGCCGAGAAUAAUCGAACUACGGAUUUGAUGAUGAAUGUGUGGAACAUGAAGUUGCGUCAAUCUUGGAGGCCUUGUAUUCUUCUUCAGAAUUCUCAAGCAGAACUACCAAAAUCAAAUGGCUUUCUCAUAAUUGAAGCAAACGGCGGGCUGAACCAACAAAGAUUAUCGAUAUGCGAUGCAGUGGCGGUGGCAGGGCUACUGAAUGCUACGCUUGUCAUUCCAAUAUUUCAUUUGAACAGUGUGUGGCGCGAUUCAAGCAAGUUCGGGGAGAUAUUUGAUGAGGAAUUCUUCAUAUAUGCAUUAAGACAUCACGUGAAUGUGGUUCGAGAAUUACCAGAAGAUGUACUCGAGCGUUUCGACAACAAUAUAAGCAACAUUGUGAAUUUGAGAGUCAAAGGUUGGUCAAGUCCAACUUACUACCUUCAAAAGGUCUUGCCAAAGCUUCUGGAGUUGGGGGCGGUACGUGUUGCACCAUUCUCUAACAGAUUGGCUCAUGCUGUUCCUUCAGAUAUCCAAGGGCUUAGAUGUUUAUCCAAUUUUGGGGCACUUAGGUUUUCAGAGCCUAUACGCACACUUGCAGCAAAAAUGGUCGAUAGAAUGAUCCGGAAUAGUUCUAGUAGUGGCGGAAAGUAUAUCUCCGUUCAUCUCCGUUUUGAAGAGGACAUGGUUGCAUUUUCAUGUUGUGUAUAUGAUGGUGGGGAGGAAGAACAACACGAAAUGGAUAUUGCUCGUGAAAGAAGUUGGAGAGGAAAGUUCCGGAAAAGAGGUCGGAUAAUAAGACCUGGUGCAAUUAGGAUGGACGGAAAAUGCCCUUUAACUCCCCUUGAGGUUGGAAUGAUGCUUAGGGGCAUGGGUUUCGAUAACAAUACUUCAGUAUAUGUGGCAGCGGGUAAAAUAUACAAAGCUGACAAAUAUAUGGCACCACUUAAACAAAUGUUUCCGCGGUUAGAAACCAAGGAUACAUUAGCUUCACCCGAGGAGCUCGCUCCAUUUGUGGGGUACUCAUCUAGGUUGGCUGCUCUCGAUUAUACAAUAUGUCUUCAUAGUGAGGUUUUCGUGACUACUCAAGGCGGAAAUUUCCCACAUUUCAUAAUUGGUCAUCGACGCUAUUCGUAUGAAGGACAUUCCAAGACAAUAAUACCCGACAAGAGAAAAUUAGCUCAAUUGUUCGACAGCCCCCGUAUCAGAUGGGAGAGCUUUCAGCGACAGUUGCGGGAAAUGCUUCAUCAUAGCGAUGUAAAGGGAAGCGAAGUGAGGAAGCCGAGUGGGUCACUUUACACGUACCCGAUGCCAGAUUGCAUGUGUAAGCAAGCAGCUGCUAAAAACUCGACAAGACUACGAAGAUAAAUCAUCAAUAUAAAUAUAAAUAUAAAUAUAAAUAUAUAAAAGAAAGGUCGAAGUUGAUGACGACAUGUAGUAUUCUCAAAUGGUGAAUUGUGGUGAAUUCUUUUAUACGUAUAAAUGGAGGGGGUUGAAGUGAAUUAUUUUAGUUUUACACGUGUAGUUAGUUAUUGAUUUUGUAUGUAGGUGAGGUGUAUGUAACUGAUGCACACUAAUUAAUUUGUUGUAUAUACUAAACUGAACUCAACUGA